CAGAUAACGCCUCACAUGUAAGAAAUACUUUCCUUUCCUUUCACUCCAGUGCCCUUCCUAUCCAUGCCUAGGUAGUAGUUUGCACUUCGUUAACCAAGUGCAUUAACUUGGUUCUUACAAUUUUCAAAAUCCUCUGUUUUCUCCUUAAAAAAAUGAUGGCUAGUGCUCCGCUAUCGACCUUGUGCAUUCUCCCUUCGCAAAAUAGGGAAGUGAAUGGAUAUGUGAUGAACCUGAGGAGUUCAUUCUAUGGCAAAGUGAUAGCUAAUCAAAUUCGUAUAAAGAAGGAAACUGGAAGUAUACGGAGAGACCCUUUUGUUGCUGCUUCAGUGCUUGGAAGGAGAAAGACUGUUGUUCCUGAGCCUGAUUACAGAAUCCCAGUUGUCUUACUUGGUUUAGCUGGUGGGUUAGCAUAUACAAAUAAUCUAUUGCCAGCUGCGCCUGCUGGUCUCCUUGGCUUGCUGCUAUUGUUCCAGACUACUAGAGUGAGAUUUGUUUUCGACGACAAAGCUCUGGUUUGUUGACUUACUUGUACUAAUAGUUAAUUCUCUAAAAGUUAAGAAACAAAGAGAUGAAUCCGUGUUAAUUUGUUAUCUCUAUUAUAAUCUCUUCACAUCUCGUUCAUUACACUUGGUUAACAGCAAUGACAUGUACUUUGAACAACCCAUGUUUUUUAAUGACUGAGUUGAGUGAGUUCUAUAAGUUAUAGGUUUUGAUUGAGGCUAUUUCAGAUUAGUGAUAAUACAUGAGUGCAUGUGUUUGUUAGGGUAGCAAUUUUGCUUUCCCAUUGAAAUCGUCUGUAAGUAGUUGCGCAAAAGGAUUAAUGAUGCUUAUAUUUGAAAUCUAUUU